AUGUCACGUGCUUGCAAGGAAACACCCACUAUGACACAGUUAUGGCAUAGUGUCCAGCCUGCAGAUCUGGACAUUAUUGAUGGCUCACCUGGUCAAGAAUUUUCUCUUGAAACUGAGCAUGAACAGGUGUGGAAACAUGUUGUCUGGAAAGGGGAUGCGGUUGUUGAUGCCACUUGUGGAAAUGGGUAUGACACCUUGGCAAUGCUCAAAAUGGUUGCUGAUCAGUCAAAGAGAGGUCGUGUUUAUGGAAUGCAUGUUCAAAAAGUUGCUAUCGAAAGCACUUCAUCUUUGUUAGAUCAAUCAGUCAGUUCAGAUGAGAAAGAACUUGUUGGGCUAUACAGCAUUUGUCACAGUAAAAUGGACGAAAUUGUUCCAAAGGGCGUCACUUUGAGGAGAGUUUAUGAUGAGGGCUAUUUAUGUACUGGCGCUAUUUUUGUAAGAGUUUGUGAGGUUUUGAGAAUGCAGGCUAAGGUGUUCAGGCCUAGUGCAGUAGAAAGGUUGUUAUUAAGGGUACCUUGCCUUUGUAAUGACCCUUGGUUUCUGUUUGUGGGUACUGCUUGCAGCUGGAUGUGUUUUAGCAGAAUCAGUUCAGGAGGUAUAUUGAAUGGAGCAGGCAGUUUAAUGGGGUUGUAUCUGCUGCGUUUCUGCUACACUGUUGUGCAGGGUUUGAGGAUAGCAGCUGGGAUGAUGCCAGGGUGA